AUGGAUGACUUGUUCCGGUGUGCGAGCAAAUACUCAAUGCUCGAAGAUGACGUGCGAGCAGCCACCCAGCAAAUCUUGGUUGUCGGACAGGCACCCAGAAAUGGUGCGAAAAGAAGUGCCAAACUUCCGGAUCGGCCAAGGCCAUCCGAUCGAAGACAGGAAGGGCCAAGUCGCCCGGAAAUGCCGCCCCUCACACCCCUUUCCAUAUCCUAUGAGAAUCUUCUCCCUAUGAUCCAAGACAUGUCCGACUUCAGGUGGCCUAGACCCCUCGGAAUGUACCCAUCCAAAAUGGAUCAUAGUAAAAAAUGUGCCUACCGUAAGGACCAUGGUCACACAAUAGAAACGUCCAGGAGCCUCCAUUAUUUGGUCGAAAGGCUCAUAAAGGCGGGACAUUUGAAGCAAUACCUCCGCUCAAAUGCCAGAGGUAGAGACGCUUCCCGAAAUCACAACUCUGGAACCCCCAAGGCUCCAGCCGCCCCCAAAGCCAUUAUAAAUUAUAUCAACGGAAGCCCAUCAGACGAGGAGCACAACUCCAAACGAAAGAGACAGAGAUUGUUGCGGGAAGCAUUGGUGCGUGAGCGUGUCAACUCCUUCCAGCCUGGGAUAACUGCGGGGGCCCUCGCCCCAUAG